CGAUAGCAGCAGUGUGUGACCAAGGUAGAGUCUGCCCGGCUCAUUUCGCCGCUUCUCCACCCGGCUGGUCUUUUUGGAUCUCACUGCAAUGGCGGAACAGCAGCAGUUCUACCUCUUGCUGGGUAACCUGAUGAGCCCUGACAACAGCAUCAGGAAACAAUCAGAGGAGACCUAUGACACUAUCCCGGGUCAGAACAAGAUCACAUUUUUGCUGCAGGCCAUCAGAGAUGCAUCUGCUACAGAGGAGGUCAAACAGAUGGCAGCAGUGCUGCUGCGGCGGCUGCUGUCGUCGUCUUUUGAGGAGAUCUACCCAGGCCUGACCCUAGAGAUGCAGGCGGCCAUCAAAACAGAGCUGCUGACCAGCAUCCAACAGGAGACCUCUCCGAACAUCCGCAAGAAGGUCUGCGACAUUGCCGCAGAGCUCUCCCGCAACCUCAUUGAUGAUGAUGGGAAUAACCAGUGGCCAGAGCUGCUCAAGUUUCUGUUUGACUCCGUGAACUCUGACAAUGUUGGCCUGCGUGAAGCUGCUCUGCAUAUUUUCUGGAACUUCCCAGGCAUCUUUGGCAACCAGCAGCAGCAUUAUAUGGAGGUUAUAAAGCGUAUGCUUGUUCAGUGCAUGCAGGACCAAGCAAACCCACAGAUUCGUACCCUGGCGGCUCGGGCUGCGGCAUCUUUUGUUCUGUCAAAUGAAGGCAACACGGCACUGCUGAAGCAUUUUGCUGACCUGCUGCCAGGAAUCCUGCAGGCGGUGAAUGAGUCGUGCUACCAGGGAGAUGACUCUGUGCUCAAGUCCUUGGUGGAAAUCGCCGACACAGCGCCCAAAUACCUGAGACCCAACCUGGAGGCCACUCUGCAGCUGUGUCUGAAGCUGUGCGCCGACACCAACCUGACCAACAUGCAGAGGCAGUUGGCGCUGGAGGUCAUCGUCACUUUAUCAGAGACUGCAGCAGCCAUGCUGAGGAAACACACGACCAUCGUAGCUCAGAGCGUGCCCCAGAUGCUGGCUAUGAUGGUGGACCUCGAGGACGAUGAUGAGUGGGCCAUGGCUGAUGAGCUGGAUGACGAUGACUUUGACAGUAAUGCUGUGGCUGGGGAGAGCGCUCUGGACAGAAUCGCCUGUGGUCUGGGAGGAAAGAUCAUCCUGCCUAUGAUCAAACAGCACAUCAUGCAGAUGCUGCAGAACCCUGACUGGAAGUACCGCCACGCCGGGCUGAUGGCGCUGUCGGCCAUCGGCGAGGGCUGCCACCAGCAGAUGGAGGCCAUUCUCCAAGAGAUUGUCAGCUUCGUCCUCCUCUUCUGCUCCGAUCCUCACCCAAGGGUGCGAUAUGCUGCCUGCAACGCUAUCGGACAAAUGGCCACAGACUUCGCCCCAACCUUCCAGAAGAAAUUCCACGAUAAGGUGAUUUCAGCCCUGCUUCAGACCAUGGAGGACCAGAGUAACCCUCGGGUGCAGGCUCACGCCGCCGCCGCCCUCAUCAACUUCACGGAGGACUGUCCCAAAUCCCUGCUGAUCCCUUAUCUGGACAGCUUGGUGCAGCACCUUCACGUCAUCAUGGUAGCCAAGCUGCAAGAGUUGAUCCAGAAGGGCACCAAACUGGUUCUGGAACAGGUGGUGACUUCCAUCGCCUCCGUGGCCGACACGGCCGAGGAGAAGUUUGUGCCAUACUACGACCUGUUCAUGCCCUCGCUCAAACACAUCGUAGAGAACGCGGUGCAGAAGGAGCUCCGGUUGCUUCGCGGCAAGACCAUCGAGUGCAUCAGCCUCAUCGGCCUGGCUGUGGGCAAGGAGAAGUUCAUGCCAGACGCCUCUGCAGUCAUGCAGCUGCUCCUCAAAACCCAGACAGACUUCAACGACCUGGAGGAUGACGAUCCUCAGAUCUCCUACAUGAUCUCUGCUUGGGCCAGAAUGUGCAAGAUCCUGGGGAAGGAGUUUCAGCAGUACUUGCCUGUGGUGAUGGGGCCCCUGAUGAAGACGGCCUCGAUCAAGCCAGAAGUGGCCCUGCUCGACACCCAGGACAUGGAGAACAUAUCAGAGGAUGACGGCUGGGAGUUUGUCAACCUGGGAGACCAGCAGAGUUUUGGCAUCAAGACUGCCGGCCUGGAGGAGAAGGCCACUGCGUGUCAAAUGCUGGUGUGCUAUGCCAAAGAGCUGAAGGAGGGUUUUGUGGAGUACACGGAGCAGGUGGUGAAGCUGAUGGUUCCUCUACUCAAGUUUUACUUCCACGAUGGUGUGCGAGUAGCAGCAGCUGAGUCCAUGCCCCUUCUCCUGGAGUGCGCCCGGGUCCGAGGACCAGAGUACCUCACCCAGAUGUGGCACUUCAUGUGCGACGCUCUCAUAAAGUCCAUCGGCACCGAGCCAGACUCGGACGUCCUGUCGGAGAUCAUGCACUCUUUUGCUAAGUGCAUUGAGCUGAUGGGUGAUGGCUGUCUGAACAACGAGCAUUUUGAGGAGCUGGGCGGCAUCUUAAAGGGAAAACUGGAGGAGCAUUUUAAGAACCAGGAGCUGAGACAGGCUAAGAGACAAGAUGAAGACUACGAUGAGCAGGUGGAAGAAACAUUACAAGACGAGGAUGAGAACGAUGUGUACAUCCUGACCAAAGUGUCCGACAUCCUGCACUCUGUGUUCAGUAGUUACAAAGAGAAGGUGCUGCCUUGGUUUGAACAGCUGCUGCAGCUCAUCGUCCAACUAAUAUGUCCCAACAGGCCGUGGGCUGACAGACAGUGGGGUCUGUGCAUCUUUGACGACGUGGUGGAACACUGCAGCCCCUCCUCCUUCAAAUACGCGGAGUAUUUCCUGCGGCCCAUGUUGCAGUCACUUGGCGACUCGAGCCCCGAGGUUCGGCAGGCGGCCGCCUACGGUGUCGGAGUCAUGGCUCAGUAUGGAGGGGAGAACUACCGUCCGUUCUGUACAGAGGCCAUCCCCAUGCUGGUCAGAGUCAUCCAGGCAGCCGACUCGCGCUCGAAGGAGAACGUCAACGCCACGGAGAACUGCAUCUCUGCCGUUGGAAAGGUCAUGAGGUUUCGGCCCGAGUGCGUGAACGUCAACGAGAUCCUUCCUCACUGGCUCAGCUGGCUGCCCCUCAACGAGGACAAAGAGGAGGCCGUUCACACAUUUGACUUCCUGUGUGACCUCAUUGAAAGCAACAACCCCAUUGUCCUCGGACCAGACAACUCCAACCUCCCGAAAAUUUUCCUCAUCAUCGCGGACGGAGUUGCGAAUGAAUCGGUCAAGAGCGAAGACGCGUGCAGCAAACGGCUGGCAAAUGUCAUCCGUCAAGUACAGGUGUCUGCAGGACUAUGGACACAGUGUGUAUCGACUCUGAACGAGACGCAGCAGAAAGCCAUACAGGACCUACUGAACACUGCCUGAGCCUCGACCCUCCCACUGUCACAUCCCUGCUCUUUUAAAGGAAAAAAUAAAAAGAAGAAAAAGCCCAUGAAGAAAAGUUGAGCUCCUGGAUCUCCUCCAUACACUCCCACUUCUUCCUCCUGCUCUGAUCUGUAGUGUGUAUGGACGCUGGCUUCACCACCAACAACCUCUUGCCCUUAAUAUUAUAUAAUUGCACCUAUAUUCAGCCGACUGGGGGAGCAGGUUGGAUAUUUAAGACAAUAGAGGACAUUGGCCAUCCACCUCAAAGACUUUUCACCCUGUUAUCCAUGGAAGUGGGAACAAGAGUAAAGUCAGUCAUCCCUGCCUCAUCCCAGUUACAUGCCUCCCUAUCUGGACGUCCUGUUUCCAACCAUUCCCUGAUGUUUGACUCACUGCCCAGAGGGACUCAUUCUCCACUGUCGCCCAACACAAACUCAUUGGACAGUCAGGCUCAGAGGGGCCAUAGUGGGUGGAGGGGAGGGGGUGGGGGAGGGACAGGACAUUCUUGUGGACUGAGAAAUUUGAAAUGUGGAAGUGCACAUUGGGCGAUCACUGCCUGUCUCCUGUGAAUUUUUUUUUUUUAUAUAUAUAUUUUUAUUUUAUUUCUUUUCUCAUUCAGUGUUCCCAGUGUUACCUGGGGGGGGGAGGGGUGGGGAAAAAAUGACCUCCGUGUCAGGUCAGAGGGUACACUUCAGAAGUAAAGGCAUGUUUCAGUGGCUAACUUUAGAAAACAUUAAUAGUUAGGAAAUUUACAUCAUCGUUGUCUGGGAGACUUAACGUUGAUUUAAGCAGCUUUUCCUUCCAUAGCCUUCCAGAUAGCUGUCGAAAAGAAAUGUGUUUGAAGAUGUUUGCUGAACGGUUCUCAGCCCUUUAAGGUAGCAGUGUACGGGGCUCUCGGAAAAGAGCAAUAAUCUGUAGUCGGUCAAGUGACAAGGUGGAGGAAGAUGAAUUGUGUAGAGUAUUUGUAAAAUGUGUGCUACCAUACUCUUAAACUUUAUGGUUUUGACCCUUUGCAGCCCUGCAGGUAUGUAAUGGAGUUCCAGAAACUACAGACAAUAAAAUUCCAUUUGAGAAUUCUGA